CGUCGCGCGCGCGUCCGUCAGUCAGCGUUCGCGCACGAAUGCGACGGCACGGUCGUCGGUCAUCGUGGCGGGUUUUAACUCGGCGCCGCGCUCGGCACGGGUGCUCCAGCUCGGGAGAGCAGAGCUGACGUUUCUACGCGAAGCGGCAAGAGAAAGUGGUCCCGCUCUCUCCUCUCUCUCUUUCUCUCUCUUUCUCUCUCUUCCUCCCUCUCUCUCUCUUUCUUUUUUCUCGCACACUUUCUACCCUUCCCGCUCCUCUACUUUCCUCCCGCGUUUUACGCCAGUCCACCGCAGGCGUUCCGCCGGGCGUCCGCUGCACAACCGCUGGGGCUGUGACCUGCUUCCGCUCUGUCCUCGCAGCGGUCCGACUGACGGCGGACGUGCACCCGCAGCCAGCUGAGCUGAAUGUUACACGUACUCCUUCCGGGUCAAUGACCGUGCCGCGUAUGACGCACGUCAGGCAGAGAAAUGGCAGAAAUGAGUUGGAUGAGACUGAUGGAACCCUUGGGUGUCGCCGAGGAGAUCGUGGAGCCGACCGCGCUGAAACGAUGGACUAGGUAUCCAACCCAGCAUCGAUACACGGACUACUCCGAUUCGAUACGGGAGACGGCCCACCAUGCCAUAAGCCCCUUUCCCUGUCAACCGUCGCUCAACAACAAGAUCGCACUAUGGGCUGGAGAUAUCUCGAUAUUACAAGUAGACGCAGUAGUAAAUCCUACCAACGAGACGAUGGAUGAUAAUAGUCUUACGUGCCAAAGAAUAUUCAGCCGAGCUGGUUCUGCACUCAAGCUAGAAAUAUGUAAUGAAAUUAAAGAAUGCAGAACCGGUGAAGUGAGAGUAACACAGGGUCAUGGAUUAUCUGCUCGUUUUAUUAUUCAUACUGUUGGACCAGUUUACAACGUCAAGUAUCAAACAGCUGCGCAAAACACGUUACAUUGUUGCUAUAGAAAUGUUCUGCAAAAGGCAAGAGAAAUGGGAUUACGUACCAUUGCUCUACCAGUAAUAAAUUCCGUACGGAGAAAUUACCCUCCGGAUGCAGGAGCGCAUAUAGCUCUCAGAACUGUACGUAGAUUCAUGGAGCAAUACAGCGAUUCGAUAACGUGUAUUAUAUUUGUACUAGAGGCGUGCGAUUUUGAAAUAUACGAAAUCCUGCUGCCGUUUUAUUUUCCUCGAAAUUUGGCAGAGCAGGAUAACGCUUGCUGGCAGUUACCGAGUGACAUUGGCGGACCGGACGGAGAACCUUUACUUCCGGAUAGACAAAUUAGAAUCAUUGACAAUCCUCAACACGCUUUGCACGGCGACGAGACGGUGGAACUUUCGACACAAUUGGAGACUUCGGUCAAUAUCGGUGAGCAUGCCUUUGCGCAAAUGCAGGGUGAUUUGGACCGACAGAGACUUUUGGGAGAGAGACCUUUUGCCGACCCGCUGGCGGAUAUUAUGCUCAAGCAAAUGCAACAUAAAGAAAGGUACGAAAGGCUCCUCAGGAGGGCGAAGACGGAGGACCUGACUGAAGUCUCGGGGAUCGGUUGUUUGUACCAGAGCGGCGUGGACCGGCAGGGCCGACCGGUGGUGGUUUUCGUCGGCAAAUGGUUCCCGGCCACCAAAAUCAACCUAGAUAAGGCCUUGCUGUACGUGAUACAAUUGCUGGAUCCUAUCGUGAAGGGAGACUACGUUAUCGCGUAUUUCCACACCCUUACGGCCAGCAGCAAUUACCCCAGUUUACACUGGCUGCGCGAAGUCUACAAUGUGCUUCCCUACAAGUAUAAGAAGAAUCUAAAACAUUUCUACAUUAUCCAUCCUACCUUCUGGACCAAGAUGAUGACGUGGUGGUUCACGACCUUCAUGGCUCCAGCUAUUAAGCAAAAGGUUCACAAUUUGCCUGGAGUAGAAUAUCUUUAUGAAGUUAUGCCGCCUGACCAACUCGAGAUCCCAGCGUACAUCACGGAAUACGACAUGACGAUAAAUGGCCUGAGGUAUUAUCAACCGGAUCAGGUCUUGUCGUCGCCAUCAACGUCCACGUAAUUCGCAGGUGAAAAUCUAAAUGAAAGCAGCGAAGCGUCAAAAACGAGGCCAGAUCGAGUGUUGUGUGCAUUCGUAUGGUGGACUGUUCGUAUUUUUGCAGCAACACUCAUGCGCCACUCAAGCGUGAGAACCGUACGCAUGAGAUUCGUGAUUGCUGGUGUAUCUCGCUGGUUCCCCGGCAACGAUCAAGUACGACUGGAUACGAUAAUCCAUAUCUUCGAAAAAGUAAUCCGGUUCUGCAAUAACUUCACGUCGAUUUGUCCAAGUGCCUCGUGAUGGACCGCUUAGCAGGAAAAAGGACGAAAGGACGAUCGGCCGCGCGAAUGUUAACACAAAUAUUAAUACAGAAAGAAAAUCAAGAAACCACUGCCCGCCUGCUUUUGACGUUGAUUGGUUCUUUUUACUCGUAUGCGCGUUCACGCAAACGAGUUUUUACGUCCCCGAAAGUACGAAGACAAAACUUGGUACUGGACAAUCCACAUUAAGAUAGAUAAUCGAGAAAGCUGGAUCGACCGUGUGCACAGCUGGAAGUGUAUUGCUAAACAGAGUACAUUCUCCUUAUCCAGUAAUAGAGCUAAUUACUACUCGCUUAGAGCGAACAUCGGCUGCCAAAAUAUCAAUAAUCAGUAUUUUCAUCGUCGUCGUCGCUCGCAAAACGAAAUCCAAAAAAGCUAAAAUAUUAAUCUCUCGCCCUUGUACAUAUUACGCUAUUCGUGGCAGAUUCUUAGCUUUAGUACUGCCUGUGAAAGCGGUAGAAGGGAUAAAAGAAAGCAUUUGACGACGCACUAGAAUUAAACGUCGGCUUAAUACAGACCGUCGAUCGCUUUCUGUUAUUUUCAUAUAUCAAUCGUUAUACAGCGAAGAGCAUCUAUUUGAUUAUUGUACAUUGUCAAUAUUUUAUUAAUUCACGUCGUUGAUGAAGAGAUUGUGCUGCGCUGCCGCCGCCGCCGCCGCCGUAUAGCCGCGGUAUUUUCGAUAUACUAAUAAUAAAUCAUCGGCUACGAACAAAGAGCGGUUGGAUGUUUUACUGUGAUGUCAUGUCUUCGGCGCUCAGCAGAUUUCAUCAAUUUUAAAACUUUCUUUCUUUCCUCUUCUGCGGAGACUUCGACGCGAAGUGCAGAACAGUGCGAAACGUUACCGUUGAGCGCCGAAGUCCUAUGUACGGGACAGUUUUAGACUAGAAGAAGCAAUAAAUUUAAGAGCUUGCUCGCGAUGUAUUUCGGGAGGCAAAAAAUCGUUAUCCCAGUUGUUAAGCAUUUUUAGCGAUUAAAAAAUAAAUUAAAGAAGUUAAAACCUGUUAAUCGCGUCGAUUAGCCCAUUUCUCACGCCCGCCGAAUCACGAAUAUUUCGCGGUCAAGUAUAGCGCCAUUUGCCCUCCGCUCUUCUUUAAUCUUUUGUCAAUUAGUUCUUGACACGAUGGGAGAAAAAGGCUAUUUCGUGCUUAAUCAAUUGCGGAUGAGUUGAGAAGGCAAUGGGUUAAUUGACCACGCUACCUCCGCCGAAGAUACAAUCGUCCGUGUGAUCAAGUACAUAAGUGUUUAUACGCAUAUAAACAGUUAUGGAAUUUAAAAAGUGCUACUCGUAAUCAUCGUAUGGCUGUAUUUGAAAAAUGCAAUGAUUACAUAACAAUUGGGUGAACACGCUAUACUCUGUGAGUAUUUUAAUAUUUUACAACGUAUAAAAUCGCGAAAUCACCUUUACAAUUUUUCAAAAAAAUUGUGCGAAGAAGAUUUAUACGCUAUAAAUAUUGUGUUGCAUAAAUGCAUUUAUAUUGACUAUUUUGUGUUGAGUAAAUUUAGAUUUAGCUUUUUAGACUUUUGUAAAUAAGAUUACUUAUUUCGAAUAAUUUUUAUGCUUUUGAUACAUAGCCUCAUUCUCUAUGAGUCUCUGUGGAAAAUAUUAGGUAAUCGCAAUUGCCUUUGCAAUAAUAUUGAUUUAAAUAUUUUUAUAUUUGUUGUACAAUAUGCUAUUAUAUCUAAUAAUAUCAUAAUUAUUAGUUUCGUACAAUUCAUUAUUCUUAAAUCGCACGUUCACUCAAUUGAUUCCAUAACCGUUGUGUCUUUUAAAUGCAGUCGUUAUAUUUGCAGCGAUGGAAUAGUAUUUUUUCAUGUUACUGCAUUUACAUAUGUCUAUGGUUUGCAAAGACUUUAAAUGCUAUUCGCGCUGCGAAUAGUCGAAAAAAUUAACCUCCUACUAUUCGGAGGGGCCAAUAGUGUCAAAUAGACCAUUUCUCAUUUUUAUGUUAAAUGACCUCACUGUCCGUCCCUGACAAUCGAGUAUAAUACGUAGUGAAAAUUUUCAAGAUGCAACAUCCAGAGAGAGAUUGCGCGCGCGCGCGCGCGCAUUAUCAUCUCUACAGUUUAUAUUAGUCAUUGUUAUUUUAUUGUCUCAAAAAUUUAAUUUUAAACAUUCGAUAAUUUUAAUGCAGUUAAUUGUUUUAAUAAAUUUCAAAAUUAUUAAAUAAUAUUAAUUAAUUUUAAAUGCGGAUAAUUGUUCGUUUGUGUGUGAUUUACCUCUGGCAAGCUUGUAUACGAGAUAACGGGACUUGAGAACGAUGAAUAGUUAAAGAGUUUUGGCCUUAAAAUAUAUUAUAUUGAGAUAUUAUAUAUAUAUAUGUAUAUAUAUAUACAUCUAACAUGUUUAUGUUAAUUAAUGAUGAUGAUAAGUCUACGAUUUUGUUGAUAAAUUAGACGAUUUGGGAGAUUUUCAUGUAUACAUAUAAUCUUUUAAGGUCCUAAUCUAGUUUCUAUCUAUAAGAAAAAUUUUUAUCUAUAGAGAAAAAUAUGCUUUCUUGAAUAAAUAUUGCAUAAAACUAUAUUUGCAUCGCAAUAUUUGUUUCUUUCUUAUUGUUAGUGUACUCAAUCUUCAAAUUUGAGUCUUCCCGCAUUACAUCAAGCAGAAGACUAAACGCGUUUCUAUCUUUCGUUAUCUAUUCUGUAAAAUAAAUCUAUGUCAAGUUAUAAUUAGGAAUCUUAUUGACUCGCUAAUAGGUAACUGCUACGUACUUUUACUGCAGCGACAAUAUUAGUUUUACUGAGCUCAAAUUGAUUUUGAUCAUUUUGAUUUUCAAUAUUUUGAGAAAGUAUGUUAACUAGACUAGGACCUUGAGCAAAAUUAGUCAAUCACCUGGUAAUAUUUCCACAUUGAAAUAUAUGCGAAUGUAUAUAGUGAAAGUACGAUCUCGUUUUAGCACCACGAGCUGAAGCGUUCCCUUUUAUGAGAAAAAAUGAUUCUCUAAUACGAUCGAUAGUAUGUAUAACGAAACAAAAUUUACUUUUAAUAUUCUGACGUAACAAGAUAAUAUGUAAUAACGAGUUAAGUUCUCGCUUUUUGCUCCUUUGCUUUUUCUACAUGACGAUAAAAAAUAGUUACCUUUUUAGUACUUUUUUUUGCACGUUGCUGCAUUUGUUACAUAUAAAACAGUUUUUUUUCCAUAAAUCAGAUUUAAAUAAAUUAAGUUUUUAUUCUUAGCAGUUUGAUUUAUCGCGUCUAUUUUCUUAAGUAAAAUAAUAUGUUUCUGAAUCUUUAAUCUGAAUCUGAUAAAAUCUUUCGUACGAGUGUGUCGUGAAAUCUUAUGAUAUAUCGCUUACAUAAAGACUGUUACUCUUAAUCUCGUACUUAAGCCAAGUUAACACAAGAUUAUACGAUCGUGAUAAAGAGAGAGAGAGAGAGAGAGAGAGAGAAACAAGUCAUAAUCACCGGUGGUGACGCUUCGCGAUCGUACGCACUAUCAUGACCUAUAAUGUAUGAGAAAUAUUGUUGAAAUCACAUAUUGUGAAUUUAUUUCAGACCUAGAGCUGAAACAAAAGUUAAUAAUUAUUAAUUACAUGCUAAGCUUAGUUAUUCUUUUUUACAUAGCAAUUAGUGAUACGUAACAGUUACAGCUGGGUUAUAAAUAUUUUAUAACCCAGGAAGUUACAUUUCUUUAAUUAUCGCGUUUACAUAGCUCGUACUUAAGAAUAGAUUGUUAUUAACGACAAAUCUUGAGCGAAAAGUCAUUUAUCCUUUAUUGUUUCUUCUCGAUGUCGACGCACGACCUUUUAACAGGUGCACUUCUUUCUCCGUUGUAUCCUUUUUUAUAGAAUACAAUAAAAACAUAUUAUUUCAAUAAAACGUA